CAUACAUACACACACCAUAUCAUCCAUCCCAAGAGCUCGAGACCUAGCAGAGUAGCAGCUAUACUUCUUCACCAUUGCAGGCUAGGCGGAGGGAAUUAAUCAGCCGAGCUAGCUCCACAAUAGACAUAGCAUAAUAAAGCACUGAUGGCUGCAGCGCGUUUCUUCUCCUCAUCCGUCGGGCAGCUGCUCCAUUCGGCUUCACCGGUAGCUGGAAAUGGAGGCCGCAACCGUGGCUUCUUCCGGCCUUCAUCGGUGAUAUGUCCUGGGCGGGAGCCAGCGUCCCAUGAGCUGUACAAUGAUUUUGACUUCCAGGAGGGCCUAACGAGUGUGCAAGCACUAUUGCGUCAACACCCCAAGAGCAGCCGUGGCAUGAUGACAACUGUUGAUCACCUCAAACGUCUCUGCAUCGACCACUAUUUCCAAGAUGAGAUCGACAACGUCGUGGACUCAUGUGCGAAUCUGCUCCAUAGUGAUGAUCUGCUCGAUGCAACCCUUUCCAUGAGGCUCAUGAGAGAAGCUGGAUACUGUGUUUCAGCAGAUGAGAUUCUUCAGAAGUUCACAAACGGUAAUGGCGAUUUCAACCUAGCUAAUAGUAAAGACAUCAGAGGCUUGCUAAGCUUGCAAGAUAUGUCACACCUCAACAUAGGAGAGGCUUUACUAUACAAGGCAAAAGAUUUCUCUAGCAGGCACCUUAGUGUUGCGGCUAAGUAUUUGGAGCCAAAUCAUGCAACUUAUGUGAAACAAUCACUCGAUCACCCCUACCAUGUGAGCCUGAUGCAGUACAAGGCCAGGCACCACCUGAGCUACCUACAGAGCUUGCCCACUAGGAACAUUGCAAUGGAGAAACUGACACUUGCAGAGUUCGAAAUUAACAAGUUACAACAUCAGAGGGAGAUGCAAGAGGUUAAGAGAUGGUGGAUGAAGUUAGGAUUGGCUCAAGAAAUACCAGCUGCAAGGGACCAAGUUCUGAAAUGGUACAUGUGGCCGAUGACUAUCCUAGAGGGUUUCUCCUUUUCUAGAUACCGGAUUGAGAUCACAAAGAUCAUUUCACUCAUCUACAUUGUGGAUGACAUCUUUGAUAUUGUUGCCACCCAAGAGGAGCUGGCCCUCUUUAAUGAGGCAAUCAAAAGGUGGGAUCUUGUAGUAGCUGAUUCACUCCCGAGCUACAUGACAUCAUGCUACAAGGCUCUAUACACCAUCACAAAUGAUAUUGCAGAUAUGUCCAGAAGAGAGCAUGGAUCAAACCCUAUCAAUCAUCUGAAGAAAGGAUGGGCAACAUUGUUUGAUGGAUUUAUGAUCGAGGGGAAAUGGCUCUCUGGUAAUCAGGUCCCCACACGGGAGGACUACCUGACUAAUGGCGUUGUCACCUCAGGAGCGCCACUUGUAUUCCUCCACCUUUUCUUCAUGCUAGGACAUGAUUUAACUGAGGCCGACAGCAACUACAUCCCUCCAGUCAUAUCUUGCCCUGCAAAGAUCAUGAGGCUCCGUGAUGACAUGGGCAGCGCUAUGGAUGAAGCGCAAGAAGGACUCGAUGGAUCAUACAAAGAGUUGUACCUAAGGGAGAACCCUCAUGGUGAUGCGGAUGAGCACAUGCUAGAGAUGAUCCAGGGUGAGUGGGAAGAGCUCAAUAGGGAGUGCUUCUCCAGGACGAAAUCAUCAUUGUCGCCUAGCUUUGUUGGAGCGUCGCUCAACUUUGCGAGGAUGGUCGAGGUCAUGUAUGGCUACAACAACGAACAGAGGCUCCCGGCCCUCGAGGAUUACACUAGGAUGCUGCUCCUUUGAAUCAUGCAUGGCAUGGACUGCAGUACACUCACACUGCAAGAGUCCAGUAAAUAUAGUGUAUUCUUGAUAUAGUAGUUGUGUUGGUAGUUGCAGAGCUUAGUGUAGGCCAAAACCUUCUUUAUGCCCCCUCUCUCCCAGUACAUAGGAAAUGUUCUGAUUAGCCAUUAUUGCAUGGUCCAUAUUAUCAAUGAA